AUUCCAUUAUCAGUCCCUCUCGGAAUUGCAAGAACGCCUGACUGCUUGUGUGCAUUUCCUCGUCCCAAAACUUUGACCAUCCCAUCACAACAAUGAAUAUUUCGUGCAUUGUAGUGGGAAAAGAGGAGGUCAUUUGCAAUGGUACGCGUUACAUGGUACCCGAAGAGCCUAUCAACUACAAGGAUAGCUUGUUUUGGAUUUAUCUCGGGGUCUAUGUGUUCUUAGUUUUAUUUGCCGGGCUAAUGUCUGGUCUUACCAUGGGACUUCUCUCCCUGGACAUUCUUAGCUUAAAGGUACUUAUGAGAGGUGGUAAGAUCAAUGAGCGCAAGCACGCCAAGAAGAUCCUUCCGCUAGUGGAGCAACACCACCUGUUGCUAGUUACUCUCCUGCUUGCAAAUGCAGCUGCUGUUGAGGCAAUGCCAAUUUUCAUGGACCGGAUAUCUUCUCCUGUUAUUGCCAUCUGUGUAUCUGUUACUGCUGUGCUGUUCUUUGGAGAGGUUGUCCCCCAAGCAUUGUGUACAAGAUAUGGUCUUGCCAUUGGGGCUUGCAUGGCACCGUUUGUAAAAAUUCUCAUAAUCUUGCUGUUCAUUGUUGCUUGGCCGAUCUCCAAGCUUCUAGACUGUCUUCUUGGAAAUGAGCACUCAACAUUUUUCAGGAGAGCAGAGUUGAAAGAGCUGGUGGAUCUCCACAAAGAAGGCACUGAUGCAAACGAAGAGCCACUGAGAGAUGAUGAAGUACUGAUCAUCCAGGGUGCUUUGGAUAUGAGGAACAAGAGGAUCAGAGACCGUUACACACCACUUGACCGCACCUUCAUGCUUAGUGUGGAUGAUAAACUUGAUGAUAGCCUCAUGCUGAAGAUUAUUGCUAAGGGCCAUUCUCGCGUCCCUGUGUAUGAGGGAAGCAGAGAAAACAUUGUGGGCCUGAUUUUGGUCAAGUCCCUAAUUCGCCUGGAUCCUAAAGAUGCUACUCUAGUACGCGGCGUAUAUCGUCCCCGCGAUGGCUCUCUCUUGGCCUCACAUGUGGACGAGCCUUUGUUUGAGCUGCUGGAUAAAUUCCAAACUGGGAAAAGUCAUAUGUGUGUUGUCUAUGGCAAGGCAGUAGGGGAUGUUAUCGGGAAGCGCACCCUUGGUAUUAUCACCCUUGAGGACGUUCUAGAACAACUGAUCCAAGAAGACAUUUGGGAUGAGACAGAUGUGCGUCAGAUAAGACCGCAUGUACAGAACCAGAUCUCCAUUGCACGUGCACGCUACAAACGAAUGAAAUCUUCCGAAGAGCACGGACACCAGCAUGCUAGUCCAACUCGUCAUGUGACCAGUGAACCAAGGCCGAGUCGAGGAUCUUUGGAUAUUGGGCGCAUCAACUCUCCCCCAGAGGAUACAGCGGGCAACCAGCCCACCGAGGGGUCUGGUGGCGACAGACAGCCUCUGCUGUCGCCUUGAUCUCCAAAUAUGGUCAUUGAUUUUCUAUCAAGUAUAAUGAUUUUUUUUGUAGUUUAAUCAGUGACGCGAUCUUCGAGUGGUUUUCUGUAAAUCGUAUGGUCACGUGAUAUUCAUAGGGUCACGUGGUAUUCGUAGGGUCACGUUAUGUUUAGAGGGUCACUUGAUAUUCCUAAGCUCACGUGAUAUUCCUAGGCUCACGUGAUAUUCAUAGAGUCACCUGAUAUUCAUAGGCUCACGUAAUAUUAAAAGGGUCAAGUGAUAUUCAUAGGGUCACGUGAUAUUCAUAGGCUCAUGUGAUAUUCAUAGGCUCACGUUAUAUUCAUAGGGUCACGUGAUAUUCAUAGGGUAACGUGAUAUUAAAAGGGUCAAGUGAUAUUCAUAGGCUCACGUGAUAUUCAUAGGGCUCACGUGAUAUUCAUAGGCUCACAUGAUAUUCAUAGGCUCACGUUAUAUUCAUAGGGUCACAUGAUAAAUAGUAGGUUAACGCA